GCGACGGUAAUUCGGCUCGUAGCACUUCAACACAAUGAAUUCGGUGGUUUUGGUGUUUAUCCUGACGAUUUCUGCCUUGGACAGGCUAUCCGUUAUUGAUGCAGAAAAUUCACUGCAGGAAAACUUGGAAACAAAGUGUAGAGGAUAUUGUUUUUCGGUUUUCAAGCCAGCCCUUGAUCGUUUAGUACUGGUUACAUCAAAAGCCGAUAAUAACGAUGAACUUAAUGAGCAAUUAGUAAGAAUGUCAGGAACUGUCAAUGAAUUAAAGAGUCAGUUAAAAAGUGCUAAAAUAACUUACAGGGAGGAGUUAAUAAAACUAAAAAACGACCUAAUUAAUGAAAAUGAACAGCUUAAAAUUAAAUAUGAUAAAGUGAAUCAGUUAGCAAUAGCUGAGUGCCAAAUUAAAAUCAACGAUCUAAUAAGUGCCAAAGAUAAGGAACUAAAUGAAAAAAAUGCACAAAUCAAAUCGAAAGAUGAGCAAAUAAUAGAUAAUAAUGACAAAAUAAAUUCUAUGGCUGAAACUAAUAAACUCAAAGAGCUUUUAGUUUUGAAGGAUAAAGAAAUAAGUGAAAAUCAAAUAAAGUCAAAAGAUGAACAAAUCGCGCAUCUAAGUAAGGAGAUAAGCGAUAAUAAUGACAAAAUUAAUACACUGACAGAAACUGUGACAAGUUUGCAGAGCCAGUUAAAAGACGCGAAAAAUCAACUGAAAAUCAGUGAAAACAUAUUAAAUAUUACAAAUAAGGAAAUUAACGAUAAAUCAGAACAACUUCAAUCAGAACUUAGUAUCAAAAAAAGUGAAGUAAAAGACCUAAGUGCACAAAUUUUAGCCAAAGAUGACCAAAUCAGUGAUCUUAACCAUCAAAUUUUGAAACAUAUUGGGUUAGAAAAUUGUCCCAAGAGCGGACCAAGUGGCAUUUACCCAAUAAAACUUAACGGAAAAAUGUUUUUGGAAGCCCCCUGCAAUUCUACUGGUUGGCUUAUUAUUCAAAGGCGGCAGGACGGAUCAGAAAACUUUGCACGCAGCUGGAGUGAAUAUAAAAAUGGCUUUGGGAAUAUAACAGGAGAGUUCUUUAUCGGGCUGGAAAAUUUGCACAAGCUGACUAAUAGCCGAACUUUCGAACUCUCCUUUAAGCUUGGGAAUGUUAAGGGUGACUUUAAAUACGCUCUCUAUGAUAAUUUCAAGAUUGGUAACGAAGCAGGAGGUUAUCGUUUACAAUCGAUCGGGACAUACUCUGGUACAGCCGGAGAUUCCCUAAGAUAUAAUCUGAAUGUCAUGUUCCACACAUUCGAUCGGGAUGACUCGUGUAAAUGCGCUCAAGCACACUCUGGAGGUUGGUGGUACAGAUGCUGUUCUGCGUGUCCUCUGAAUGGGGAGUUUCAUAAGAAUGGAAAAUCAAGAGCCUAUAUGGGAAUAAAUUGGCAUUCGUUCCACAACGACGUAACGACGUCCCUUACCUUUGUUGAAAUGAUGAUAAGACCAAAAUUGUAAAGAAUGGUUGUUAAUUUUUAUUAAUACAUCCCACAAUAAAUCAAGGAGCAGGAAAAUGUAUUCCAAUAUAAACAGAAUAAAUGUAACAUUUAACUCAGAAA